UUUUCUCUUCUCUUCUCUUCCACUCAUUCUCACUCUCUCACUUUCUCCUUCUGCAAGGUGUAUGUAUUACCAUUCCUUCAUUUCUCAUGAAUUUCACCACCUUUUUCCUUACUACAAGCAUCUCAUUUUCACCUUUGGCUGCAUGCAACAGGUACGUCAUUGUGAUGGGUGAUUCACCAUCACAGAAGCAUAGAGUUCUGAUGGUAUCUGAUUUUUACUAUCCCAACUUUGGUGGUGUCGAGAACCACGUUUAUUACCUCUCUCAAUGCUUGCUCAAGUUAGGCCACAAGGUGGUGGUGGUGACUCAUGCUUAUGGAAAUCGUUCUGGGGUUAGAUAUAUGACUGGUGGUUUGAAAGUUUACUAUGUUCCGUGGAGACCGUUCUUUAAUCAGAGUACAUUUCCAACCUUGUAUGGGGUGUUACCAAUUAUAAGAACAAUUCUCAUUCGAGAAAGAAUUACUGUAGUACAUGGGCAUCAAACUUUCUCAACACUUUGCCAUGAUGCCCUUUUGAAUUCGAGGAUCAUGGGAUACAAGGUUGUGUUCACAGAUCAUUCUCUGCAUGGUUUUGGGGAUGUUGGUAGCAUUCAUAUGAACAAGGUGAUGCAGUUUACCUUGGCAGAUGUGAGUCAAGCAAUCUGUGUCUCCCACACAAGCAAGGAAAACACAGUGUUGAGAUCAGGUUUGGCACCAGAAAAGGUUUUUGUUAUUCCUAAUGCUGUUGAUACUGCCAUGUUCAAGCCAGCAUUGGAACGUCCUAGUGGAUCGGAAAUUGUUAUUGUUGUUAUCAGUCGAUUGGUUUACCGGAAAGGAGCAGACUUGCUUGUUGAAGUCAUUCCAGAAGUAUGCCGGUUACAUCCUAAUGUUCGAUUCAUUAUCGGUGGUGAUGGACCUAAGCGUGUGAGAUUGGAAGAGAUGAGAGAAAAACAUUCUCUUUUUGAUAGAGUUGAUUUACUGGGAGCUGUACCACAUACACAAGUUCGAUCUGUUCUAAUAUCUGGACAUAUCUUCUUAACCUGUUCCUUGACAGAAGCUUUUUGCAUGGCCAUAUUAGAGGCUGCUAGUUGUGGACUGUUAACAGUGAGCACACGAGUUGGUGGUGUUCCUGAGGUUUUACCCGAUGACAUGGUUGUGUUGGCAGAGCCUGAUCCAGGUGAUAUAGUGCAAGCAAUCCAAACAGCAAUAUCUAUGCUUCCCAAAAUUGAUCCACAAGUCAUGCACAAUCGAAUGAGGGAACUCUACAACUGGCAUGAUGUUGCCAAGCGGACAGAAAUUGUAUAUGAUCGUGCUUCGAAAUGUCCCAAUCAAAGUCUAUUAGAAUGUCUCUCACGAUACUUGUCUUGUGGAGCUUGGGCAGGCAAGCUCUUUUGCUUGGUUAUGAUAUUGAGUUUUUUGUUUUGGCAUCUACUGGAACUAUGGCAUCCCGCAGAUGAUAUUGAGGAGGCACCAGAUGUUACAUUUUCAGAGAACUGUGAUGAAGAGAUGUUGCAGAAAUCCUAACUAUUGAAGUGCAAAAUUUUAGUGAUGGUCUUUCAUUAGCUUCCCAGAUCACGAAAUAGGUAGUAACACACAU